AUUUUGGAAUUAAUUUUAGUCGCCCGUGUGGCGAGGAAACGAAGGGGUCCGCGACGCGAGUAGUUGUCACCAGCAACCACACACACACCUCAGCCUAAAAAAGAAAAGAAGGGGGAGCAACAAUGACCGAAGAGAGCUCAGACGUUCCCAAAGAGUUGCUAGAAAGUGUCAAGGAUGUGAUUGGGAGGAAGAUAAAAAUUUCUGUGAAAAAGAAAGUUAAGCUCGAAGUCAAGAGUGACAAAGUGGAUAACAAAAUAUUGGUGCUAACAUCAUGUCGGGCCUUUCUGUUAACUUCCCGUAUUCCUACCAAGCUAGAACUAACUUUCAGCUACUUGGAAAUCCAAGGAAUCACCUGCAAUAAACCAGGCCAGCUGAUUGUAGAAACUGAAAAAUGCAACAUUUCUAUGAAGCUGACUUCAUCUGAAGAUGUGCAUGAAGUAUUGGCACACGUUGGAACAUGCCUUAGGAGGAUAUUUCCUGGUCUAUCUCCAGUGAGAAUCAUGAAAAAAGUAAUUAUGGAGCCCCCGGAAAGACUGGCUAAUCUCCAGACACUGUGGGACAGCCAAACUGUGGCAGAAUUAGGACCAUGUGGAGGUUUUUCUCAAAUGUAUGCUUGUGUUUGUGACUGGCUUGGUUUUCCAUAUAGGGAAGAAGUUCAGUGGGAUGUUGAUACAAUUUAUCUGACUCAAGAUACCAGGGAAUUGAAUUUACAAGACUUUAGCCAUCUUGACCACAGGGACUUAAUACCUAUAGUUGCGGCCCUGGAAUACAAUCAAUGGUUUACAAAGCUUUCCUCCAAGGACCUAAAGUUAUCAACUGAUGUUUGUGAGCAGAUCCUGAGAGUGGUGAGCAGAUCCAAUAGAUUGGAAGAGCUAGUACUGGAGAACGCUGGUCUUAGAACAGAUUUUGCACAGAAACUGGCCAAUGCCCUAUCCCAUAAUCCCAACUCAGGACUUCAUACAAUUAACCUUGCUAGCAACCCCCUGGAGGACAGAGGUGUGUCCUCAUUAAGUAUUCAGUUUGCCAAACUACCAAAGGGGCUGAAACAAUUAAAUUUAUCGAAAACCUCAUUAUCACCUAAAGGGCUGAACAGCCUUUCACAGUCACUGAGUGCCAACCAGCUCUUAGCUACCACGCUCACCCACCUUGAUCUCUCAGGGAACGUUCUUCGGGGUGAUGAUCUUUCAUUCCUGUAUAACUUUUUGGCUCAGCCAAAUGCCAUUGUUCAUCUGGAUUUAUCCAAUACUGAGUGUGCAUUAGACAUGAUGUGUGGAGCACUUCUUCAUGGUUGCCUUCAGCAUCUUGCCAUUCUAAACCUAUCCAGGACAGUUUUCUCUCACAGAAAGGGCAAGGAUGUUCCCCCAUCAUUCAAACAGUUUUUCAGCAGUUCAUUUGCUUUGAUGCAGAUCAACCUUUCAGGGACUAAACUCCCUCCUGAGCCUCUAAAAGCACUCUUACUGGGUCUUGCUUGUAACCAAAAUUUGAAGGAGGUAUUUCUAGAUCUGAGUAGCUGUGAGCUAAGAUCAGGAGGUGCACAAGUUUUAGAAGGAUGCAUAGCAGAAAUACAUAAUAUCGCCAGCCUUGACAUUUCAGAUAAUGGCCUAGAAUCCGACCUUUCAACCCUUAUAGUCUGGCUUAGUAAAAACCGAUCAAUAAGACACUUGGCAUUAGGCAAAAAUUUUAACAACAUGAAAUCCAAAAAUCUGGCCCCUGUACUUGAUAAUUUAGUACAAAUGAUUCAAGAUGAAGAUUCACCCUUGCAGUCAUUAUCUCUAGCAGAUUCCAAGCUGAAGACAGAGCUUACUAUCAUCAUCAAUGCUUUGGGUAGCAAUACAUCUCUUACAAAGGUGGAUAUUAGUGGAAAUGGCAUGGGAGACAUGGGAGCAAAGAUGCUAGCAAAGGCUCUUCAGAUAAACACCAAACUCAGAACUGUUAUUUGGGACAAGAAUAAUAUCACUGCUCAGGGCUUCCAGGAUAUAGCAGUGGCACUAGAAAAGAAUUAUACUCUAAGGUUCAUGCCUAUACCUGUGAAUGAUGCUUCUCAAGCACUCAAAACAAGCCCUGAGAAAACUGAAGAGGCACUCCAGAAGAUAGAAAACUAUUUACUUCGCAAUCAUGAGACCCGGAAAUAUUUACAGGAGCAAGCUUAUAGACUUCAGCAGGGCAUAGUUACUAGCACUACGCAGCAGAUGAUUGACAGAAUAUGUGUCAAAAUACAAGACCACCUCAACUCAUUAAGAAACUGUGGCAUUGACACUAUACAAGAAGAUCUGAAAUCAGCAGAAAGACUUAUGAAAGAUGCCAAGAACUCCAAAACAUUAUUACCCAAUCUGUAUCAUCUUGGUGGAGCUUCAUGGGCAGGACCAAAUGGUUCCUUAUCCAAUCCAAUUCAGGAGACUCUAGAAUCAAUGGCUGGGGAGGUCACCAGGGUUGUCGAUGAUCAGCUCAAGACACUGCUUGAGUCAAUGGUAGAUGCAGCUGAAAACCUCUGUCCGAGUGCAAUGAAGAAAGCACACAUAAGGCAAGACUUGAUUGAGGCAUGCACUGAAAAGAUUUCCAUUCCACGGACCUUUGUUAAAAAUGUUCUCUUGGAACAGUCUGGUAUUGACAUCCUUAAUAAAAUUAGUGAAGUGAAGUUGACAGUUGCCUCAUUUCUCUCAGACCAAAUAGUAGAUGAGAUCCUUGAUGCUUUGUCACAUUGUCAUCAUAAGCUGGCUGAUCAUUUGACCAGGCGAGGCAAGCCCCUACCCCACCAGGAAUCAUUAGAACUAGCAGAGGAGAAACCUACUAAACGUUCCAUCAUCACAGUUGAGGAGCUAACUGAAAUUGAACGUUUGGAAGACCUAGAUACAUGCAUGAUGACUCCUAAGUCUAAAAGGAAGAGUAUCCACAGCAGAAUGCUGAGGCCUGUAUCCAGAGCUUUUGAGAUGGAGUUUGACUUGGACAAAGCAUUGGAAGAAGUCCCUAUCCACAUAGAAGACCCUCCAUUCUCUUCCGGGAGGCUGGAGAAACGAACAUCUGGGUUCAUUUCGGAGCUACCUUCUGAGGAAGGCAAAAAACUGGAGCACUUUACAAAACUAAGGCCUAAAAGGAAUAAAAAACAACAACCGACACAAGCUGCUGUGAAUAGUGCAAUUCCUCAAGAUGGAGAACAGAAUGGUCUGAUAGGAAGAGUAGAUGAAGGUGUCGACGAAUUUUUCACCAAGAAAGUGACAAAAAUGGAUUCAAAGAGGCCCUCAACAAAAGGCGCAGAUGCCAGCGAAUCUGGUGAAGCAGCUGAGGAAAAGAAAAAAAGAGAUUCUCGGAAAAGUGGCUUUCUCAAUUUAAUCAAAUCUAGGUCCAAAACUGAACGUCCUCAAACUGUACUGGUGUCAGAGGAACCUUCACCACCCAGAAGUUUUGUCAAAGGCUCCACAGUGGAUACUACAAAGAAGGAGGUUAAAUCAGCUGAGGAGAAUGGCGGCACAGAAAAAGCUGAGGAAUUAAAAACACCAGAAUCAAUAGAAGAGGCUCCCUCAGAGGAUACUUCAAAACUUGAGAGGAGCGAUAGUAAAGGCAGUCCUCAAGGAGGACGUAGGUAUGGGGUGCAAGUGAUGGGCAGUGGCCUUCUAGCAGAGAUGAAAGCCAAGCAGGAGAGGAGAGCUGCAACAGCACAAAAGAAACUAGGGAAUGAUGCAAGAGACUCGACAGAUCUCUCGGAACGGCUGGAUGGAGGUGGUACAGUAACCAAACUUCAUCACUCCUCUCCAGAGAAUCGAAUUGCCCUGAGUAAGGGUGACUCCAUCACAGUCUCACCAGAAAAAAAUUCAAAAACUGAACCAAAGACAGAAACUGGGGCAAGGACACGAAGUUCUUCCAGCACACCUACCAGUCCAAAGCCUCCCCUUCAGUCAAUAAAGCCCAGCCUAGCAGGCCGGCCAACAGUUCCUCAAAAGCCACGGUCUGCCUCUCGGACUGAGGACAUCCCAGAGUCUCCACCUGGUCCAGGUUCCCCUAAAAUCGCUCUGCUUCCACCUGUUUUGAAGAGAGUUCCUUCUGAUAAAGAAAAAGAUAGUCAAAGCAGCUCCCAGCCUGCUGUCAGAUCUUUUUCACAUGAAGGUGCAAAGAGAAGUCCAGGACACCAGGCUUAUGACUCCCAGGAGCAAAAGCAGAGGUCUUUAAGUAAAGAUGGCCAGCAAGGAAGCAAGUCCAGUGAUUCUGGAGAAGAAGCAGAUAAAGAUUUUAUUUUUGUUUAAUUGGUUGGUCAUGUGCUUGGCAGUGCAAGGUCUUUUGUAAUAAUAAGGGUAUAGCUAUCAACUGCCCUUCUCUUUCAUCAGCUGUUUUUAUAGAAAAGCAUUUUAAGGUUUAAAAAAAGGCAAUGAUUGCACUGUUAAUCACAUUUCAUGAAUUUGGUUCUCUAAUUUUUCUGACUUGUACGAUUUCAGACAUUCCUUUUCAUGCCUUUACUAAAGCCAGCAACUAUUCCAAAUCUUCUACUUGAAUUUCUCUGAAGCAGCUACAAAAAUAAUGCCUUGCAUUGGGGCUUUGGAAGAAAAGAAAAAAAACCCAAGCAAAUGAACUGGACAUUUCCUUACACUAACUCACACUGUACAGCAGGAGAGGUGUUGUACUGCUGAAUGUAAAUGUGUCAAACUUGCACGCAACUUACUUUAUAAAUAUAUUCUUGCUGAAUGCAAUUGCACAUUGUAAUUAUAUCAACAGAGCACACUAAUAAAAAGAAUUUGUAUAAAUAAUAUAUAUUAGAUGCUUGGAUAUGAUUUUUAUGUUCUUCUUUUGGGAGGCUUUUUCCUUGUUUGUUGUACUGUAUAUAAGAUCACAAUCUCUUACAUUUGUGUACUGUUCUAAAGCACAACAAAGAAAACCGAAUUACUAACACCUUGCUAUGCUUCCACUUCCAUAAGUAAAUGUAUGUUGUUGAUUGGAAUGAGGGAAAUGGACAUUUUAUUAAUAUUGGUAUUUCCUAGAGGCCAUUUUAGGGUCUGUCUGCAUCUUCUCUAACUUUUGACAUGUACUUCUAAAAGAAAAGUAGUUUCUUGUCUGUAAAAGCAAUUCUGCAUUUUUUUCUUUGCAUAUUUCAUAGGCAUCUCCUUGCAAUACAAGCUGAAGGAAUUUUAUUCAUAAUGUAUAUUUGUACCA